AUGCAGCUCGGUGGCGGGGUCCUCUGGCACGGGCCUCAUCGGCACGGGCUUUUCUUUACGGUAGGGCGAUUUUAUUUUUCUGUUACCUUCUCCGAGCCCGAUGGUGCUUCCUGUCAUUCUAGGAAAUUAUCCACUCGCUCGUACUCGCAUAGCAAGUCACGGGGAGUGGUGGAGCAUCUUCUAGUUCACCCACUCCUGGCCUUCCUUCCUAAACCAGGUUCUCCUGGAGAUCAACAGUCCGAGCACUGUCCUAGCGAUUUUCGAUUUGAAUCCGCUCCACAUCAACGAUACGAUCGAGCGAGCGCCUUGCUCCCAACAUCGUCGAAGGCUUCUCUUCUCGUCAGGAAUCUGUGA